AUGGCUCGAUUAUACGAUGCAAUCGAACCGGAAGUUAUUUCAAUGAGUAUGCUUCAGCAUGCAGUUGAGUCAUUACGAGCUGACGGAGAAAAUCUGGUCGUUCCUAAAGACGAAAAAUUAAAUUAUGGUGAAGUUAGUGUACUUCGUUUGGAUUUUCGAAACAUUCUUCGAAUGGAAAAUCUUUGGCUAUUUACUAAUUUAACGAAGCUUCAAAUGGAUAAUAAUAUAAUUGAACGUAUUGAAGGACUAGAUACAUUGCACAAAUUAACUUGGUUAGAUCUUUCAUUUAAUAAUAUAACACGUAUUGAAGGUCUCGAUUCUUUAACUGAAUUAACUGAUUUAUCAUUAUAUAAUAAUCGAAUAACAGCUAUUGAAAAUAUGGAUUCGCUUAAAAAACUUAAUGUUUUUUCUAUUGGAAAUAAUCAAAUCGACGACGAAAAUAGCAUACGUUAUUUACGUCGAUUUGAUAAUCUUCGAACUCUUUGUCUUCGUGGAAAUCCAUUUGCAUCUAAGCCAGAAUAUUAUGUAUUUACAAUCUCUCAUUUACCACAAGUUCAUUUUCUUGAUUACAAACUAAUUGAUGAUGCACCUAGAGAAGAAGCAACAAAAAAAUAUGAAAUUCAAUUGCAACAAUUAAUAACACUUGAAGAACAAGAACGAGAGAAAGAGAAAGCAUCUGAAGAUCAAACCAAACAAUUUCAAUUGUAUAAAGAUGCAUUUGUUGAAAAUAUGGAUCAAAAUCAAUUAUUUACAGCAAUGUUUAAAGAUGAUGUUGAAGGUCAAAAAUUAAUUCUUGUACCCGGUUCUGAUGAAUUAAUGACACAAUUUGAACAAAAAUUUAAUGCUAUUAUCUAUUCAAUGUUUGAAUUUGGUUUAAAAGAAAAAGAAAUAAGAGAUCGUGAAAUUGAAGAUUUUUGGAUAUGUGUUAAUGAAGCAAAAAAUGAAAAUACACGUCAAGCUGCAGCAAUUGUAGAUGAAUUUAAAACUUAUAGAUCGACAUUAUUUGUAAGUCUUAAAAUUGAAAUAACUCAUUGUGGUAAUAUGAAACGUAAAUAUCGUGUUUGUAAUGUAACACGAAAACCAGCACAAUAUCAAACAUUUCCACUUCAACUUGAAAGUGGUCAAACUGUUGAAUGUACUGUUGCUAAAUAUUUCUAUGAAAAACAUCAUAUUAAAUUACAAUAUCCACAUUUACCAUGUUUACAAGUUGGUCAAGAACAAAAACAUACUUAUUUACCACUUGAAGUUUGUAAUAUUGUUCCAGGACAACGUUGUAUAAAAAAAUUAACUGAUAUGCAAACAUCAACAAUGAUUAAGGCCACUGCACGAUCAGCACCUGAUCGAGAAAAAGAAAUCAAUAACUUAGUAAGAGAAUUGACAAAACUCCGUCCCAGUANUAAAAAUGUUAAUAAAACAACACCACAAACAUUAUCAAAUUUAUGUUUAAAAAUAAAUGUUAAAUUAGGUGGAGUUAAUAAUAUUCUUGUACCAAGUGUACGACCAAUAAGUGUUUUUCGUGAACCAGUUAUAUUUAUUGGUGCUGAUGUAACACAUCCACCAGCUGGUGAUCGUUCAAAACCAUCAAUUGCAGCUGUAGUUGCUUCAAUGGAUGCUCAUCCAUCACGUUAUGCAGCUACAGUUCGUAUACAAAUGCAUCGUCAUGAAGUUAUUGCAGAAUUAUCAACUAUGGUUAGAGAAUUAUUAAUACAAUUUUAUAAAUCAACACGUUUUAAACCUGCACGAAUUAUUUUAUAUCGCGAUGGUGUUAGUGAAGGACAAUUUGCUCAUGUACUUGCACAUGAACUUAUGGCUGUUCGUGAAGCAUGUGUUCGUCUUGAAGCUGCUUAUCAGCCUGGUAUUACAUUUAUUGUUGUUCAAAAGCGUCAUCAUACACGUCUGUUCUGUGCUGAUAAAAAGGAACAGUGUGGAAAAAGUGGUAAUAUUCCACCGGGAACAACAGUUGAUGUUGCCAUAACACAUCCAACUGAAUAUGAUUUUUAUUUAUGUUCACAUGCUGGUAUUCAAGGUACAUCUCGACCAUCACAUUAUCAUGUACUUUGGGAUGAUAAUAAUUUUACUUCUGAUGAAUUACAAGCAUUAACUUAUCAACUUUGUCAUACAUAUGUCAGAUGUACACGUUCAGUAUCAAUACCAGCACCAGCUUAUUAUGCUCAUCUUGUUGCAUUUCGUGCACGAUAUCAUUUAAUUGAAAGAGAACCGGAAAGUAAUGAAGGUUCACAUCAAUCAUCAAACGGUGAUUCCAAUGGUCAACAUCAAGUCCAAUUGAGUCGUGCAGUUACCGUACAUCCGGAUUCGGCUCAAGUCAUGUAUUUUGCUUAG